AUGUGUAGAUAUAGAUCUGUAACAUACAAAAGGAGGAUUGACUAUGUCAACGGACAUUGGCAGGAGUGGUUUUCUAGCUCAUCAAAAGUUCCAGAAAAUGUUCAUUUUGUUGAUGUUCAGUGCAAGGAUAGCAAUAACAAAAUUGUGUCAAAUAUGUUACACUACCCAACAAGACAAGAGCUUAGAAAACGUGAAGUCCCACAUAACAACAACUUCAGCUCAGAGCAGAUGAAUGUAUUGCUGCUUGGGUUAGAUUCACUGUCAGGAAAUUUGUUCAAACGAGCUAUGAACAAAACAAGAGAUUAUUUAUUGAACACGAUAGGUGCUGUCGAGAUGAACAUGUACAACAAAGUUGGAGACAACACAUUUCCUAACCUGCUAGCGAUCACUGCAGGAAAAUAUGAACAUGACAUCCCAAACUGGAGCCAAGCCGAGGGCUUUGACGCCGUGAACUUUAUCUGGCAGGAUUUCAAGAAAGCCGGGUUUCGAACCCAGUACAUCUCUGAUGUACCGGACUUUAACGACUUCUCUCGACCACCAACAGAUUGUUUUAACCUACCAAUGGUGAAAUCGUUAAUGAAAGAUAAAAUUGCGUUUAACAACAACUGUUUUGAAGACAAAAUCGAAGUCAAUUUAUGGUUGAGUCUUAUAAAAGAGUUUAUUCUAGAAUCUCUCCACACAACAGGACGAUUUUUCUCUUUAGCUAUGAUAAAAAGACCGACACAUGACUUCCCAAAUCAGGCUAGUGCUGUAGAUGAACAUUAUUUUAAUUUUCUCAAAGACAUGCAGGAGUCGUCUUUAUUCAACAAUACGUUCUUUGUGUUCUUCGGUGACCACGGACCGCGAAAAGGUGCUUACAGAAACACGUUUGAAGGCAGCAUCGAAGAACGGGCGGCAGCGAUGCUGGUGAUGGCACCUCAGUGGUUUCAGAAAAAACACUCCAGGCUUUACAAGAACCUGCUCACUAACGCUAACAGACUGACUACAAACUUUGACAUCCACAAAACUUUAAAAAGUUUGCUUAGUUUAGACUUUGAAGGGUUGUCAGAAAAAUCUAAAGUUGAUUUAGGUUUUAGGACGAGAUCUUUAUUUUCUGAGAUAACUCGAAAACGAACAUGCGAGGAUGCUGAUUUGUCUCCACAUUACUGUAUGUGUAACGGUGGGGUACCUGUUCCCACUUGGGAAAUCGCACCUGAAAUAGGUAAUCAAGUUGUACAGGAUAUAAAUUCAAUCACGUCCAAAUACCGCGACAAAUGUGCCGUCCUGAAAUUCCGUAACGUAACCAGUUUGACGUUACACGGCGGGUCUAUAGGCUGGAGUGGGGUCUACAGAAUCAUGUUUGAUACCAGCCCAGGGUUGGCGUCGUUUGAGGCCACAGUCAGAUACACCGUCAGCUUCUUUAUAUUCACGUCAGUACAGACUCUAGGCGACAUCAGCAGGACGAGCACGUACAAAAACUUGUCGGAUUGUGUGGAACAUGAUAAGAUUGUACGAAUGUAUUGCUACUGUAAGGAUUUACUGACUCGUUGA